UGCCGCGUCCUCGAGCUUGCUGGAUAUCACGAUCCUUCAUACUCCACUAUGCGGAACCUAGACGUGUGCAGGAAGAUUUAUUCACGAGCGAGGUCAUCCGAAGAAAACGAUGGCUCGGUCUCGUUGGCAGCGCUGCCAAAGGCAUUGCACUUCACGUUCGCUGCUGCCAACGUAUCCCGUGACCCUGCCAAGUUGUGGGAUGCUUUCCUGCCUUUGCAACGCGCUCCCCGCACACCAGAAGACUUUGACUGGGCGGUGGACUACUUCGACUCUAUCCAUUUGGACGACCAUAAAGCGGCAUAUGACAUCCUCUUGUUACUGGGUAGCGUGGAAGUGCGCUGCAGCCCCGCUAAACAAUAUCUGUUCAUCGAGAGGCUCAUCGCCUGCAUGGACAGUAACAUGCCUCCCCACUUACGCCAUGCCGCUCUUCGCGCUGCUCACAGUGCCCGAGAAGAAAUUUCCUCGAUCGACGCCAUUGGUGAUGCAAAGCUAUGGGACAUGGUUUCGACCAAGUUCUCCUCCGCUAUUCUAUCCGUGGUUUGGCCGCACCCGGAUACAAUACCCGCUAAUGACGAUCCUGGCCGCUUUUUCGAUUACGACUGCGACUUGUGCUAUCUCGAACUGGUCUGUGCCCUCGCAAGGAAUUCCGACUGGCAUCCCCAUUUGUCUGAGGAUCGCCAUAUUGAUCGGUGCAUUAGCAUGAUUCCACAGUACAACGACAAGGAAUACCCCAGACCGCAUGUCUUUUACAUAGCUGCUAUCCUUCUCCGAAUCACACCUGCACAGACGUCGGUUACAUCGCUCGAUUCUGUUACAGAGCAGCAGUGGUGGGACGUGAUGAGAAGCGCGUGGUAUUAUGUUCCCUAUACCAUUCACAGAACACGCAAUUUCGGGCUCCUUGUCCUUGUGGAACGCACAAAGAAGUAUAUGCAUAUCGCUUCGAAAUCUGAUCUCGAG